AUGAGCAACACCAACCGUUCAGAUACGCAGUCUUGUCUAUUAAACUCUACUUUUUACAAAGCGGGAACGCUCAUUCCAUUUGGGUCUCGGUUUGGAGCGGGAUAUGUAAUGUACAACUAUUCAACUGGAAUGAUUGUUCCCCAAACUGCUAAUGGCACGAUUCGGCUCGAUGCAGGACAGGUAUAUACGGUCGAGGAAGCAAAUUCAAAAGCUAUGCGGCUAUGCAAACUGCCAGAAGCCAUUGGCCAACCACGACGCAAUUCAGACAUGCCGCCGGGAUUUUUCAAGAGUCUCACAUUGGGUCGCUCCAGCAACCGUAGGCGAUCUGAUUCAUCGGUUAAUAAUCCAGGAUACAGUCGCAAAAUAAGCAACUCUCGUGGAUCCAUCAAUAUGCUAAAGGCUGCAAUGGAAUCAAAAGACGAGGGGUUAGAGAUGGACAAGUCAAAGGUGACUAAUUUGGCUGGAAAGACGACGUCCGGAAACUUUGUAUCAUCAACUAUGCCAGGAUCCGAUAUGUCAUUGGAGCAAUCAUCACCUGCAGCAUUUUUUAGUCUUCGCAAAAAACCUAAAAAAGUAUCAGCAGAGCCUGAACCUUUUCAUGAUCAAGCUUUCAAAGAGGUGGCAAAAAGUAUGUUGGUUAUGACCAACAGCCAGGCAAAAAUGGAUGAUGAGCUAGAUUUGGUGGCAUUUCUUAAAGGACCUGGACGCGAGCGUGCAAAAUCCACUACCUCGAAUCGACCAGAAAGUUUAAUUAUAGAAAAUAAGCUACCCACCUCUUCCAAUAACGAUUCAAAUAUAGAUGAAUCUCUAACAUCUGUGGCAACAAGCGAUCCCGGGAUUGAAAACAGAUGGGCUACAACUACUCCUAGAAGCCAGUAUCCAAGCUCAUGUAAUUCGGCACACCAAAGCUUGCAGCCAACUCCCAAUCAAGUCAAUACUCCAACAUUCAAUGCAGAUGCAACAUUUUCGGCUGAAACCUAUGGCACUAAUGGGGAUAUUUGCAGUUCCAGUUCUGCACAAGAUAUUUCUCGACUAUCCGCAUCGAUCCCUUAUAAAGGAUCAAUCGGUGGUAUUCAGAUGAUUGAUGCAGAACCCCUUACACAUGAAGGAUAUAUGAAAUCGGCUACAUCAACUGGUAGUAAUCUAUAUUUUAGAUUGUCUGAUAAUAUUCUUAGAGCAUUUAAAGAUAUUGAUACUUCGGUUACUUCAAAACCAAUCAUUGAAUUGAAACUUGGCAAUAGCUUUGCCAUGCCUCUUCGAUCCACAACAGAUUUUGGGUUUGAAAUCACUCAUUCUGAUGGAAAACUGCGGUGUUAUCCUUCAUCGUAUGCAAAUAUGAUUAUGUGGAUUAGUACACUUAACACUGCAAGCUCAAAUAUAUCAGUGUGGCAUGGCCCAGCACAAGUUCCCUUGGAAGACUAUCAUAUGGACUUGUAUGGCAAAGAAUACCAUGCACUAUUGUCAGUUUUACGUGACGAAACAGGAUUAACGGAUCAGGCAGCCAUGGAUUUAGGAGCAGAAGUAAUGAAUGAUGAUUUGCCGCAUAGUCCAAGUAGGCAAAGAAGUUUUGACGACCAAGGCAAAGCCAUAAUUAUAUACCAGCCCGAUCCCGAUGGAAUUCAAUCGCCCUUUCAUAUUGUGCAAGCCACAAUUGAAAAGCUAGUGGAAAGAAUGACUGACAUAUAUGGACCAGAUAAAGCAUUUAUCAGUAUGAUGCUGCAUACCUACAGACAUAUUGUUAGCACUUCGGCAUUUUUGAGCAUGCUCAAGGCUAGAUUGCACGUUGUUAUACCUCAGGAUGAAGAAGCUGGUGAUGAUCUGUUUAGUGUGAACUGGAAGAUUGUAGUAAAAAUAAGAACGAUAUCGGUUGUGUAUUUGUGGAUCAAAACGAUUUGGUCGCCCGAUUUUAUCUAUCCAGAAGCGCGUGAAAGUCUAGAACAAUUUGUUGCUGCAAUUCAAGGGUCAUUUGGUCCAUUGGAUUCAGACAAGGCACUCGAAAGCCAACAUUUGAAUGAAUUUAAACUGCUAGCUGGUCACUUUCGGGGUGUCAUUCGUCGGAGGGAAGCUCUUUAUGCUGCAUACUCGCCUCCCCCAAGUGAAAUAGCACCAGUACUCACGACAUCCAAACUUGGAUUUAUAGACUUUGAGCCAGCAGAAUUGGCAAAGCAUCUUACAUUACGGGAACAAGAGUACUUGAAUGCCAUAAAACCCAUUCAAUUUCUUCUCCGUGUUUGGUCAAAUGAAAAAGAUCCUAUUAUUGAACGCGAGGUUCGGCCACUCAACGAUGCUGUCAAUGCAUUCAACACAGUUAGUUUUUGGGUUGCUACAGAAGUGUGCACUCAGCCUGAAAUCAAAAACCGAGCCAAGGUUAUUGAAAAUUUUAUCAAACUUGCUAAAGAAUGUCGCAAGCUCAACAACUUUAAUACUUUAAUGGCCAUUGUAUCUGGACUAAAUGUUGUUGCUGUGAGUCGUCUCAAGGCUACAUGGGAGCUAACGGAUGCAAAGCGUGUCCGACAACUCAACGAACUAGAAACUUUGAUAUCACCUACAAACAACUUUAGAAUGUAUCGGGCACUCGUUAACGACAUUGAGGAAGAACCCAACAAAAAUCGCAGAUACUAUGUUCCAAUUCUAUCACUAUUUCUCAAAGAUUUCUUGUUCAUGAAUGAUGGUAAUCCAAAAAUCACCGAAAGUGGAUGCAUCAAUGUGGACAAGCUACGAUCCAUGUAUACGCGUGCAACAGAAAUCGUUCCAGUGUCUAACAGCCGACAGAGUUCCGGGGUUGGCUCACCAUCAACACCUAUUCAACAGUAUUGCAACAAUCUCAGGGCACUUAAAGAGCCAGUGUUGUACAAGUACAGCUGUCUUUGUGAACCUAAAAAUAACACGGGUGAUGAUUUACGAUUGAGAGAAAAAUGGAUGGCACAGCAAAAACCGCAUACCAACUAG